AGGAAUGUUUCGGAAAAAUGAAGAUUUGACUCCAUCACAGAGAUGCUUGGCUGUAAGACGCAUGCCAAGUCUACUGGAGUAUUUAAGUUACAACUGUAAUUUCAUGGGUAUCCUGGCAGGCCCGUUAUGCUCUUACAAAGACUAUAUUACUUUCAUUGAAGGCAGAUCAUACCAACUGCAACAGUCUGAAGCAAAUGGGAAGGAAGAUACAAAAUAUGAACAAACGGAUCCUUCUCCAAAUAUAGCUGUGGCACAGAAACUCUUAAUCUGUGGACUGUCCUUACUCUUCCACAUGACUAUUACAAAAACUUUGCCUGUGGAAUACAACAUUGAUGAUAACUUCAGAGCUACAGCAUCAUGGCCUGUAAGGUUUUUCUACCUAUACGUGUCUCUUAUGGCUGCCAGACCCAAGUAUUAUUUUGCCUGGACUUUAGCAGAUGCAAUUAAUAAUGCAGCAGGGUUUGGUUUUAGAGGCUAUGAUAAAAAUGGAGUCACACAUUGGGAUCUAAUAUCAAAUCUGAGAAUCCAGCAAAUAGAGUUUUCCACAAGUUUCAAGAUGUUUCUUGAUAACUGGAAUAUCCAAACAGCUCUUUGGCUUAAAAGAGUGUGCUAUGAGCGAGCUACCUUCAGCCCAACGAUCCAAACCUUCAUCCUCUCUGCCAUUUGGCAUGGAGUUUACCCAGGAUAUUAUUUAACAUUUUUAACAGGAGUACUAAUGACACUAGCAGCACGAGCUAUAAGAAAAAAUAUCAGACACUAUUUUGUUGAAUCUCCUGCUGUUAAACUGUGUUAUGAUAUUGUAACAUGGAUGGCAACUCAAGUAGCAAUAAGUUACACAGUUGUGCCAUUUGUACUGCUCUCUGUAAAACCCUCUUUCACCUUUUACAGCUCCUGCUAUUUCUGUCUUCAUAUUGCCAGCAUCCUGGUGUUGUUGAUAUUUCCAUUGAAAAGAACUCAAAAAGGAAGUACAAAUCAUGAAAGCAUCCAGCCCGUGUGGUCCAAAAAACUAGAAGAAGAAAAUCUUUUGCAAAAGAACAAUUAUUCCACAACAAAUAACAGUUUCAGUCAGAAACAAGAAAUAACCUGCAGAUAUCAAGCAUUAAAACAGUGAUUGAGGAAAUACUAUGAUGAAUAUAUUUUGUAUGUUUUCAGAAACCCAUUUUUAGCACCUUUUAAAGGGGUUUGUAUUUGUUUGCAAAGAUGUUUAGUAAGAAAAGAAUGCAUUACCUAGGAAAAUCACAUACCAUAGUGAGACUGGAAACAAAACAAAUUAACCCCUCCCAUGCCAUGUCCCUGUGGGUCACGCCUUAUAUGAAGAUAUUACCAUUAUUUCAAUGGGCACUCAGGACUUGCAACGUAUGUCCAUAGGGUCAUAUGUGUGCCCUUUGCUGAAUGUACGUUGUGUAUCCCAAGGCACUGAUGGGGUGGAAUAAAAUUGUGUCAGUCUAGAUUAACAAAUGGAAAUGAAUUUUUCCAAAUGAAUGACUUGCCUUAAACCCUCUAUUUACUGAAAUAUUGUUUUUAAGUGGGUAUUUUCAAGUUUGAUUUUAUGUGGAAAGCAUAUUUCAAAUACACCAUAUGCUAUAAAGAAGAUAAAAAUAGGAAAUGCAAAGACAUUAGAAUGCUUUUGAAUCUUUAGAAGGGAAUUGCAAUAAGCAUCUCAGUAUUUGGAGGGUUUUCUUAAAGUUAUCUCAAACUAUUACAGUACAUUACAGAACUGUAAACAUUACUCAUGCCAAAUUAUAGUUAGGUUUCUUUGAUAAAGAGUAUAAUUACACAUAGCCCUUCUGAAUGGAUUAAAAAAACAAAACACGGGAAGGGUCACCUUUUCCAGGGCUUGAUAGCUCUACUCUAGGUUUCUUUUAUUUUAAAGUACCUAAAACCAAUAAAAAAACCCCACUGCCAAGUGGGCUUUGCAGCUAGAGAAGGAAAGGCAGCCAUAGGACACAGAAGACAAUGUGCAAGCACCAGGAUUUCAAUUAAAGUGUGUUUUUACUCUUAAGUACCAGAAAUACUUGUUCUAGAAUAGAACUGUUUUAC